CUUAACAGGAGAGACAUGAGUGUCCGGACGGAGGACAGCAUAACCUUGUGCCAAAGGGCUCUCCAAAUCAUUACGGAACUCUGUCUCACGGGACACGUAGACCGGGAGAAAUGUUCGGAUAUAUUUCCCCUGGAGAGCACCAUACCAGGUAAAGGACACGCAGACAUCUCUAUUAGUCUCCUUGCUGUGGUCGUGGGUUUUUGUGGCCUCGCCCUGUUGGUAGUCUCUCUCUUUGUCUUUUGGAAGCUGUGCUGGCCCAUUUGGAGGAGCAAGGCUCUGUCAGCCCACACCGAAAAUGGCCUCCAUGUGGGUUUCCCAGAGGCGCCUCCCCCCAACUCCCCGCCGGUCACAGAGAGCAAAGCGGCGGAGGUGGAGAAGAAGUACCCUCUGGAAGUGAAGGUGAACGGACGGAGCACUGUCAAGCUCCUUGAGGCGGCCAUGAAGAUCAGUCAGACAUCUCCGGACAUACCCGCUGAGGUGCAAACAGCCCUUAGGGAGAAGCUCAGUCAGCAGGCUAAGAUCCAGAGGCAGACCACUGAACCAACCUCCUCCUCCAGGCACAAUUCAUUCCGUCGCCACCUGCCUCGCCAAAUGAAUGUCACCAGCUUUGACUUCAGCAUGGACACAGUGCCUCUCCGCCAGUCUUCUACAGUAAGCAUUGGAAGAAUAAAACCCGAACUCUACAAGCAGAAGUCUGUGGACUCAGAGGAUGAGGCCAAAGAGCCAGUGGAGACUUGUGGAAAGCUCAGCUUCUCGCUGCGUUACGACUAUGAGGAGCAAGCUUUGGUGGUGAGAAUCCUCAAGGCCUUGGACCUGCCUGCUAAAGACUUCACAGGCACCUCCGACCCAUAUGUGAAGAUCUACCUGCUACCGGAGAGGAAGAAGAAGUUCCAGACGCGAGUCCAUCGCAAGAAUCUGAACCCCACGUUUGACGAAACCUUCUGUUUCCCCGUGGCGUAUGAUGAGAUUUGCAACCGCAAGCUGCACUUCAGCGUCUACGACUUUGACCGCUUCACCAGCCACGAUAUGAUUGGUGAGGUGGUGGUGGACAACCUCUUUGAACUCUCUGAUCUUUCCAGGGAGGCUGUGGUGUGGAAGGAUAUUCAUGCAGCAACUACGGAGAGCGUUGACUUAGGAGAGAUCAUGUACUCGUUGUGCUACCUCCCAACAGCAGGGAGAAUGACCCUAACAGUCAUCAAAUGCAGAAACCUCAAAGCCAUGGACAUCACAGGCUCUUCAGACCCUUAUGUGAAGGUUUACCUGAUAUGUGAUGGGCGGAGGUUAAAGAAGCGAAAAACAACCACCAAGAAAAGCACACUUAAUCCAGCGUACAACGAGGCCAUCAUCUUCGAUAUUCCCCCGGAGAACGUGGAACAAGUCAGCCUGUCCAUCAUGGUGAUGGAUUAUGAUCGGGUUGGACACAAUGAGGUGAUUGGUGUGUGUCGCACCGGGCCAGAUGCUGAGGGUCUCGGACGGGAUCACUGGAAUGAAAUGUUGGCUUACCCACGGAAGCCCAUCACACACUGGCACGCUCUGGGAGAGGUACAAACACUUAUUUUCUUGCAGUGGCCCGGAAGAGCAGCAAGCUUUGAGAGUCAAGGUUCGUGUCCUUCACCCAAACCUCCACAGACACCUUGACGAUCACAGGUAGAAUCAUAACACCACCUCUGUGAGAAACCAGACAUUAGAGUUAGAGUUGCUGAGAAGUUAUGUUGCCCAUGAGUGUCUUGUGAGCAUGUUGUAUGAAAAUUGGAUUAAUUCUUACACAUUUUGUAUAUGUUUCUAGAAACAAGGUUGUGUGGAAAUAGUUUUUCUUAUUUCAUUUGAACACUAGCUCUACUGAGCGGGCUAUGCACAGCACUCACCGUCAUUCAGUUCAAGAGUUUGUUUGUCAUAUUUUUCAUCUGCUUUGAAAUUCUCAGAAAGGCUAUAGUUGCCAAACAGUUACACAGACCACAUGAAUGGUAAGCCUCACUGCAAGAAGUCCUCAGUGAUAGCAGCUUUA